AUGCGUCACUUCAUACCGGUGCUCAUUGUCAUUGCACUGCAACAUCCAGCCAACAGCUCACUCGUUCAAAAUGGACAAAUCCCCUCUCUAAUGAAUUUCGGAAAUGGAACCAAAAAUCAGGAUAUUCACCCGAAAGUCAUUUCGACGAAUACAGUUCCAGUUAUUAUUGAGGCCGCAUCUUCAGAUGAAAAUCAGAAAAAACUCGAUCUUGUUCAGAAUCCACAUCCAACUACAGUUAUGUCGCCACCAGCUCAAAAGGGCCAAUCAGGUCGUAGACGAAAGCUCAAAAAGGCAAAGAAAAACCGUCAAGGAGAUAACAAAAAACCGGUAAUGUACGGAAGUGAAGCGUUUUCUGAGGAAGAGCUGGGAGACAUCUUCAAUAAUUUUGAUCAGAGUGGACCGGACAGCUACAAUUAUUCCAUGGACACACUAUUCGAAACAGAUAAAUUUGUUGAAGAAUUGGAUAUGGAUCCGUCGAAAGAAGAACGCUUCAGAAUUAUAAAAAUGAUUGAGGAACUGGAUCUGGAUGGUUUGAAACAAUUGAGAGAUUCGGCGAGAAAGACAACUACUAGCACACACGCGCCCGUUUCUACAACGCCAAUCUUAACUACCUUGAUCGACCAGAAGCAAACUAUUGAAAAAGCUAUUGAAGACUUAUCCGAGAAAUCCAGGGAAAUUCAAUUCGAAACAGUACCAUCAACUCUAGUUGAGAAGACUUUUCCUAUCACAAUCGAAGAGCCUGUCGACGUAGAGAAGAGUUCUUUCCCCUUCAAUUCAAUCAUCUGCACCAAUGGCAACAUCAUCUGCGCAUUAUCACUUGUUGCUUUUAUUGCAAUCAUUGUUCUCUUUGCGGUGGCAUUCAAACUGAUGAGAAAAAUAAAACAAAACGAGGCCGAGGCUAACUGA